AGGGAGUGGAGUAACUGUCGAGAGGGAUCACUGCUGACACUGAACCUGCUGGAGUCAGUCUGCGCAGGCCAGGAGGCGAAGGAGGAGCACACAGCCUACCUCAAGUGCUUACAUUAGGUAUCUCCUCCUGUGGACUUUUUUUUUAAUACAAAUUCAUCCCAAAUCACAGUUCGGUUGAGCCCUGCACGCGGCUAACCAUGGACGGUCCCAAGGAAGGAGUGGAGGAGGACGCGGGAUGCGGCUGCCUGUACACCGUCCUGGGCCUGCUGGCAGUGGUGUGGCUCCUCCUGAAACUCGCCUACGCCGUGCACGACAGGUGGUUCCCGUGGGUGAUGCACUUCUGUAGUAAGGACAUCUUCCUGCCGUUGGAGGAAGUGAAGAAGGAGCUCUUUGCCAGCAUGGCCUCAAUCGUGUCCCAUGACCCCGAACUCCAGAAGAAAAAGGCCAUCAGGAUACUGGAAAUAGGCGUAGGCACGGGGGUCAACUUCGCCCACUACCCCAACGGCAGUCACCUGGUGGUCGUGGAUCCUAACCCAAACUUCAGAAAAUAUUACGAGGACAACAAAAAGAAAUUCCCCGACAUUCAAGCCGAGGAAAUCAUAGUGACCACAGGUGACAAGAUGGACAUGGUGAAGGACAAUUCGGUGGACGUGGUUGUGGUGACGUUGGUCUUGUGUAGCUUGGACAAGGUGGAGGCGACGCUGAAGGAGAUACUGCGUGUGCUGACCCCGGGUGGUAAAUUCUACUUCAUGGAGCACAUUGUCGAGUUUGACCUCAAGAAACAUUGGCUCCGGCGCAGGCUUCAGCACGUCUUCACCCACUGGAUCCCCGUGUGGCCGUUCAUCUUCGACGGGUGCUGCCUCGACCGCGACACCCUGCCACCCAUCCAGCAGGCCGGGUUCUCCUCCGUCCACGCUCAGAAGUACUACGCGCCCGUCCCAAACUUUAUCUUCGAGAUUGAGAGUCCUAAUCUAAAAGGCGUCGCCACAAAGUAGUGGUGUGUGUGUGUGCGUGUGCGCGUGCGCGCACGUAUUUCUUUCACGAGAUUUGCAAAUAUGACUUAAGACCCGCCCCUCAUCUUCAAGACUACCAAAACCUUAUUCUUUCAAACCAGACUACCAUAAAAGUGAGAGGAGUUAACUAUUUUAGUCUUACUGACAAAUGACCGAUUAUAAAUACGGACUUAUGUAAAAUAGGUUCUACAGCGGAACAUUCUGGUUAAUCCUCAUAGUCUUACAUAAUUGUUUCAAUACAAAAAUCAUAUGGUAAUACUGAACCUAAUAGUUAUUACACAGCAAGUGCCUCCAACGCCUGAACCUCACGCCCCAACACCAGCCUUGACCACCUGGCUCACCGCUCUACCACUGACAGCCAUGACUAACACCUGCUGAAGCUUUUACGUAGUUAUUCUCUUGUUUCAAAUGUUCUUGUUUUUCAGUUCCUAUGUGGCGUGAUAUAUGGCAAAUAAAACGAGUCCAUAAA